UACACACUGACUAAUGAAACUUCUGUGAUUAUUUGUAUAUGAUAGGUGGGUGAAAUGCAAGACGAUAUCAGAAGCUCAACAGCAUCCUCUUAUCUGGAACUGAUCUCACAUGAUAAUCCACCAAGUGAUCUUGCAGAAAUUACAGUGGCAGUGAUUGAAAAUGCAACAAAUUCAUCUGCUUUACACAACCAUGAUGCCCCGGGCGUUUACAGUCAGCGACCACUUACAAAUAAUUCGGAGAUAGAUUCCUAUGAUAGCUUCAAGUACGAAAAACGUCACGAUUACACAGUACUGAGGGGUAACGAGCGGUAUGAUGACUUACUGAAUGGGAACGGGACAGGGACUGUGAAGUAUGAAAGACUUACAGACCGCGUGUAUAGCCUCCCGUAUCAACAGAUUAACAUGGUAUCCAACAAUAAUGAGAAUCAAUCGAAGAAGGAGGCGUCUUUAGCUGUCAUGCUGUGCUGUUCGAUUACGAGUCUUGUGGUCAAUUGUCCUAUUGGUGUCUUUUCUGUCUGUUAUGCAUAUAUGGCAAAGACAGAACAUUUUUAUCCCAUGAGAAGAUACUACAAAUGCAUGUCUCUGGUCGUUAGCGCUUUAGCUAUCUUUGGCUUUAUCAUCACAAUCACAAUAACGACAGUUAUAUUAGCUAAUCUAUCUAACAGAAAUACGUAGACAUUAAUAAAUGUGUCUAUAUAAUCGUACGAAGUCAAUGGCAAAGAAAAUCUUUGCUUUACAGCAUUGUAUUUUUGUCUCGCAUAGAAGUUUGGAGUUUACUGCAUUUUAUGUUUAUUAAUUUAAAUAAAUAAUGUAGGUUGUAAAUUCUAUAA